AUGUACGGCCAGGCAUGCGUAGAGCGCUUUUUCGACUUCGGCCAGUUGUACUUGUGCGUGUGCUCUUGCCGCCGUCUGGCAAGCAGCAGCGAUUGUAUUCGCGACCGCGCGCUGACCAUCGAGCUGCAGAAAAUGAGCCAAGGGCAGUGGUCGAUAAUGUUUUCCAUUUCUGUGGUGUUUGUCCUCUCGGUGGUCGUGCCAAUGAGGGCGGAGGUGUUUUCCGCCAUGGCAAACAUCGACAUGCUGAUCGAGACCGAAAAGUCGGUGGUUAGCUUGAUUGAAAAGUACAUCGAAACCGAACGCCAACGUCUCGAAGAACUGGAGAGUUAUGUAGUCGCUUUCACUUUGCUUCUGGCUCUGCUGUUUCACAGUUGA